AUGGGGAGCCCAUCAAGAAAGAAGACGCGAAAGGAAGGACAGGUAUCUAUAACGAAAAAGAAUAUAAAGGCGGAUAAAGAAGAAAUUCAAGCACAUGACGAUGACAUCCUGUAUGCUCUAAAGGUGGAGCCGGAGCCAGAGCAGAAGGAAAUCCGUGACCAGGGUACUGAGGAGUCUAUUUCUACUGACUCCGACACCUCUGACAGCGAAAGCGAACUUCUAGCAGAGGGUGAAAAUCUAACUGGAGCAGCACUGAGGGAUUUUUUGCAGCACAAUUUUCUUGAUUAUAUAGAUAAAAAGAGUUUAUGCUUUACUGAUUUAGAGGAGAUGGAUGUGUAA